UGGAUACAGUAUGGGCAUACCAUUUGUGAACUACUUAAAUAUGUAUUACCUUGAAGCUAGCAACUCAGGAAAGAGGUUUGUGGCAGAGCUAACGGAAGCAGGGUCAAUGUCCUGUCUGUUUGGAGUACUAAGGGUCAAAGUUAUAAGAUAAAUGAAGAUAUAUCUCCGUACGAGCAAACCUCAGUAGAAUCAGCUCACAUCAUGGAAGCGAUAUUCUGCAGAAAUGGCACAGAGACACCUGAACCGGUCAAAGCGGUGGUGUCAGGUGCAAUCCCACCUUGGCUUCAGGGGACACUUCUACGCAAUGGACCUGGCCUUUUCUCCAUUGGGAAUACGUCCUAUAAUCACUGGUUUGAUGGAUUGUCUCUUAUUCACAGUUUCACGUUUAAGCAUGGUGAUGUAUAUUACAGAAGCAAAUUCCUCAGAAGUGAUACUUACAAGAAAAACAUUGCUGCCAACAGGAUCGUGGUGUCAGAAUUUGGGACAAUGGUCUACCCAGAUCCCUGCAAGAAUAUAUUCUCAAAAGCCUUCACAUACCUGCUCAACAGCAUUCCAGAUUUCACAGACAACAACCUUGUGAGCAUUAUAAAAUAUGGAGAUGAUUACUACACAUCAUCAGAAAUAAACUACAUCAACCAAAUCAACCCAGUGACUCUUGACACUAUAGGAAGAGCCAAUUACAGAAACUAUAUUUCCUUGAACUUGGCAACAGCACACCCUCACUAUGAUGAUGAGGGAAAUACCUAUAACAUGGGCACUGCUAUCCUGGCUAUGAGCGGACCCAAAUAUGUCAUCUUCAAGGUGCCUGCUACUACAUCAGAUAUAAAGGACAACGGAAAAACAAACCUUGCACUGAAGAAUCUGCAACAGAUCUGCUCCAUUCCUUUCCGCUCAAAACUCUACCCAAGCUACUACCACAGCUUUGGGAUGACACAAAAUUACAUCAUAUUCGUUGAGCAGCCCUUCAAGCUGGACAUUAUCCGACUGGCCACGGCUUACUUCAGAAGAACCACCUGGGGCAAGUGCCUCUUUUAUGACCAAGAUGAUGUUACUCUGUUCCACGUAAUCAACAGGAAGACUGGGGUAGCGGUGAACACUAAGUUCUAUGGGGAUGCGUUAGUGGUUUUCCAUCACAUCAAUGCCUACGAGGAGGAUGGCCAUGUAGUGUUUGACCUGAUCUCAUAUAAAGACAGCAGUCUCUAUGACCUUUUCUACAUAGACUACAUGAAGCAGGAGGCACCGAAAUUCACUGAGACGAGUAAGGCUUUUUCUCGACCAGUCUGUCAGCGAUUCGUCAUCCCUGUCAAUGCUGACCUCAAGGGAAAUCCACUGGGCAAGAACCUUGUGAGGCUAGAGGACACAUCAGCUACAGCAGUGUUCCAGAUGGACGGUUCCUUAUACUGUACUCCAGAAACACUGUUUCAGGGUUUAGAGUUACCUUCCAUUAACUACCAAUACAACGGAAAGAAGUACAGAUAUUUCUAUGGCUCGAUGAUGGAUUGGUCACCACAAGCAAACAAGAUCGCAAAAGUGGACGUGGAUACCAAAACACACCUUGAGUGGACAGAAGAGGAUUGCUACCCAUCUGAACCAAAGUUUGUGGCAUCACCGGGUGCUGUGGAUGAGGAUGACGGUGUGAUCUUGUCAUCUGUGGUCUCAGUCAAUCCCAAAAAGUCACCCUUUAUGUUGGUGCUGGAUGCGAAGACCCUCAAGGAGAUCGCUCGUGCCUCAAUUGACGCCACUGUUCACUUGGACCUCCAUGGAAUUUUCAUCCCGCAGGAGACUGAACUAAAAUAAAAUCAAAUAACAUUUCUGGAAAAACGGUUGUUCAUGGUACACACAGGUCCUUGAAAAACCUUUUCACCAGUUUAAGGCCAUAAAAAGUCAUAAAUCAAAUAUGAAAUAUAAAUAGUGGAGUCUUAAAAUCGUCUUAAAUUUUGGAGCGUGAACAGAGGAGACGCUUGAAACAGAAAACAUGUUUUUGGAUGGCAAUUAUUAUGGUAAAUGAAUUGCACGCUAACAGAGCUGCUAGAGCGGUACGGGAUGCGUUGACGUGGACGUCAAGAAAUGGAGAAAUGUAAAUUUUUCAGCAAGUGGCUCGAAAAUAAUCAAUUCUCGGAUGGAUUAAAUCCAGUAUCAGGAAAUGAUUUGGAAGCCCACUGUAGCAUUUGUAGGAAACGCUUUAAACUUGGCUCUAUGGGUGUUAAAGCCAUGGAAUCGCACCUGCAACGGGAAAAGCACAAGCAAUAUGUACAAGCUUGUCAGCAAAAUCCUAUUGCUCUCUAUUGCUCCCAGCUACCAUAUACAAGCAACAACUUCCAGCAAUCUGUGGCUCUACGCCAACACUGAAAGCGGAGGUUAUCUGUGUAUUGCGGACAGUGGCGAAUCAUCACUCGUAUAUUUUUAACAACAUCGACUACUUUUUAAAGCAACGUUUCCCGACUCCGCAGUUGUCAAGACCUUGUCUGUGGAUGAGACAAGACUGCCUACAUCACCAGGUUCAGUUUGGCUCAGUAUAUAUAUAUUAAAAAAACCCUUACCAGGGCAGAAAACAAUGGUGCAUUUAUGGUCAUGUUUGAUGAGAAUCUAAACAAAACAACCAAGAACAAGCAACGUGAUCAUUUCUUUAAAAUUAUAGGGCUUAUUAUAGGGAUCAUUUCUUUAAAAUGUUUUAUCCCUAAAGUUCCUUAUGAAGUUUAAUUCAAUCUUAUCACUGGAUGUGUUGGUUUACACAAUGCAUUUUAAGCAGUUCAACCUGUAUUUUAAUGAAGGAUAUUUGGAAUAAAUAAGCAUAUGUUCUUUGUGUAUGUUCUAUAUCUAUAAUAUAUGUAUUAACACUAUUUACAAAAAGAAUAUACAUAAACGUAUAUUAUAAUAAAAUAAACAUUUUUCCAGAGGCAUCCAAAUAGCCGUAUAGUGGACUUGAUUUGUUAGUACUGAUUUUUGACAUCUUCAGUUUUAUAAACCGACUUAGAAAUGAUUUAAUAUGUGUUUUUAAACCAUUUUGCCUUAAUUUUUCUUUUUCUUUUGCCUUAAAAAAAGUCUUUAUUAAAGACCUUACAUAUCAUGAUCUCAAAGCUGCAGAUACCCUGUUAUUUAAUCGUGCUCAUGUUCCUGUUUGUUCAUUAAAGAGAUGAGAUUUAAUAUUUUUUAUUGCAAAAGUCAUUGUGUGAUGAACCCAAGUGUGUGUGUAUGUGUGUGUUGGUUUUUCAAAUGCAUAAAGUACAAACACCAAAAAUGACUCGCUGAGGUACAAGCCAGCACUAUUCUAAAGUGAAAGUAACCAGUUGUUUAAUAUCAUAAACAGUUUAGACUUGUAUAGAUUAUCUGCUAAUGUGCCAAAAGUCUAACUGAAAUCGAAUCUCACGCAGAGACAAAGACGCCAAGCACCUUAGCAGUCCACUUUAAGGCACCCUCACGCUAGCAAUGCAGAGCAGAAAACAAAACAAGAAGAUGUAAUGUAUGUAUUUUAAUGCAAAAAGAUGCUACUGACACACUUUCACCUCAUAUAGGCUACCCUUAUAUUAAAUGGAUAUAGUACAGAAACAUACAUCAAAGAAA